UAAGCGCAGCAGUAGCUCCACCAUCGGUAGCAGCAGCACCACUAUCGUUUCGUUGGGAGCUCCGUCAUCGGUAGCCAGCGAAAGAACGAGGUCUUCCGUUCCGGCAUAAUAGUCGUGCAAGUUGGCAGUCGCGUGGCUGUGUGCUAUCGUUUUCGUUCCGAUUCCGUGCAGUCGUUCCCGUGGCAAAAGACGUCCACGAACGGUUUCGCGUUGCGGCAGGUUCAGUGGCUUGUGUUCGGACCCGUUCAGCAUUUCCAGCUAACAUGAAUGAAGAAUACGACGCGAUCGUGCUGGGCACCGGGCUCAAGGAGUGCAUACUUUCGGGUAUGCUGUCGGUCAGCGGAAAGAAAGUGCUCCACGUAGACCGCAACAAGUACUACGGCGGCGAGUCCGCCUCCAUUACGCCGCUGGAGGAUUUGUUCGCAAAAUUCAAGGCUCCGCCACCGGAUGAGAGCUACGGCCGCGGUCGCGACUGGAACGUUGAUUUAAUUCCCAAGUUCCUGAUGGCGAACGGCUUGCUGGUGAAACUACUGAUUCAUACCGGCGUAACGCGGUAUCUGGAGUUCAAAUGCGUCGAGGGAUCGUACGUCUACAAGUCCGGGAAGAUUUCGAAGGUGCCGAUCGAUCAACAGGAAGCGCUGUCCAGCGAUCUGAUGGGCCUUUUCGAGAAGAGGCGCUUCCGCAGCUUCCUAAUAUGGGUGCAAAAUAUGCAGGAGGACAAGCCCGAAACAUGGGACGGCUUCGACCCGUUGAACAGUCCCAUGAGCGCGCUGUACAACAGGUUCAGCCUGGACAAAAAUACUCAAGACUUCACUGGUCACGCAUUAGCACUUUAUAGAGAUGAUGAAUACUUAAGCCAACCUGCAAUUACUACUAUAAGAAGAAUUAAAUUGUACAGCGAUAGUUUAGCGCGUUACGGAAAAUCACCGUACCUCUAUCCCAUGUACGGGCUGGGCGAGCUUCCUCAAGGUUUCGCCCGACUUAGCGCCAUUUAUGGUGGAACGUAUAUGCUGGACAAGCCGAUCGACGAAAUUGUCGUGAAAGAUGGAAAGGUUGUCGGUGUACGUUCCGGGGACGAAGUAGCUCAAUGCAAACAGGUGUUUUGUGAUCCUACAUACGUACCUGAUCGCGUUAAAAAAGUGGGUCGCGUCAUAAGAUGCAUUUGCCUCUUAGACCAUCCUAUUCAGGGCACAGGAGAUGCUCUCUCAACGCAAAUAAUUAUUCCCCAGAAACAAGUUAACCGUAAUUCAGAUAUCUACGUGUCUUUAGUAUCACAUACUCAUCAAGUAGCGGCGAAAGGAUGGUUCAUAGCUAUGGUGUCCACCACAGUUGAAACGAAAAAUCCAGAAGCUGAGAUUAAACCCGGUUUGGAUUUGCUUGGCCCGAUCAGACAAAAGUUCAUAUCAGUAUCCGAUUACAUGGAGCCGGUCGAUGACGGGCUGAAUAGUCAAAUUUUCAUAUCGACGAGUUAUGACGCCACAACGCAUUUUGAAACAACCUGUUUAGAUGUUCUUGAUAUAUUUAAGCGAGCCACUGGGGAGGAAUUCGACUUUAAAAAAGUGAAACAAGACCUAGGCGACGAGGACCAGUAAUCGUAAGAUAAUUACCGCUGCUGGUCAUUCGAAAAACUAGUUCAUCCUGAAUUUAAAGAAAAAAAAAAAGAAAAUAAAACGAGUGAGCAACGUAAUUUAAUGCGUAUUUUCCCGACCGCGUCGGUGUUCAUUCGAGUCCCAAAGCAGAUACGAUCUGCUCAGGGCUCACGCCUAAUAAUUCUAGAUUCUCUUUCGCGGAGAAUUACCAAGGGCAGAAAAAAGGAAACAUUCGAAAUUUAUCUUUAAGUUUAUCCAAAUAUCAUUCUACGUACUAUCCUUGUUACAUUUUGUCUGAAACACGCGGAUACGACUUCUUUCGAAAAAGGUCGAUGAUGAGAAAAACCUGUACCGUUUGUGAUUUUAAUAUUUUCGAUACAUUCUGAAUGGAGAGCAAAAUAAAAUUUAUAGGACGAUUCGUAUUGUCUCCAUGCAUUUACCACCACCAGUGCGUUUUUAGAGUAAACAUAAUAGCGACGAUUGCCACGACUUCAUAAAUAUAUCAUAUUUUAACUAUCAAACGAAAGAAUAUAGAGAUUACCGUUCAUCGAAAUUGUAAACGCUAAAGAAUCCUAUAGAUGUACUGUUACUCGCGGCCAUCGAAAUGCAUUAUGAUGUAAGGUACAAGACGAAGCUAAUUUAAAAGAGAAUCAAGGUAAAUCUGCACGCGGAUAUUGAGAAAUAGUGUGACGAUGCCACGUCUAGUAAUAGAAGCUAUAUCAUAUUCCUGCACAUUUAGUUCCGGUAUUAUUUGAAACUUCAACUAUGUACAAUGAAACAGAAAUGCAAACUGAUGAAAGCAUGAUCUAAAGUACUCACAACGGACAGUUACCUGUAACGGAAAAGAUUUACAAGAGAGAAUCUGUAUCGAAAUAUUAGGAGAAGAAAAGAAAAAUUGAAAAAGCGGCCAAGCGUAUAAAUAUAAAUUAAAUAGAUAUAUGUAUAUUCUUUCUCGUUCUCAACUAUUACAAGAAUGAGAGUAUAGAGAAGAUGGAAUCGUUGAAACGUUGUUAUUUUAUGUGAGCUUAAGAACCAGAAUAUUUCCUUCUCCUGUAUUUAUGAUCAUUAUCAGCUAAGAGGGAGUAUCGAUGAAUUGAAAGAAGAUAACUAUACACGAAUAUGCAUUGUUUUUAGAAGUGCUAUGCGUGUGCAUUAAUGUAUGCGUGAAUGUUUUGUUACUGAGUGAUUGGCUGUUUCUCAGAUUUUUUUAUUUGCUUGCAUUCUUGCUUAAAAUAUAAGCGCACCGCAAAUUCGUAUCAUGUACGAAAUUCAUUGGAGGUUGGCUACAUGUUCCGCCAUUACUUUAUCUAAAGUGUUACUCACGUAACUGUAAUGUGACAGUCAAAAAAAAUAAACGGUAUUGUAUUAAUUUCA